AUGAGGUUUAUCACUGCUUCUCUUGCCCUCUUGGCUGGCUUCACUGGUACACAAGCACAGGAGAUCGCUAUUAGAAACUUUUGGAUCAAUGCGAAAGGAGAAAUUGAGAACGGAGAGUUCAAAGCUCUGUUUUCGGAGUUUCGCAUCGGAGAAGAAGGGGAUUUAAUUUGCAACACAAGGCCUGAUGAUGGUUACCCAACUGGUCGAACUAAUGGGUGCUUUGUCUCACUUCCCGGUGAAGAAUUCGAACUUCGGGACUGGGAUUUUGCCAUUGAUGGUGUCACCGCCGACAACCACGUUGCCUCAUUAACUCUUUGGAACAAAGAGGAAAGCCCCGAGCGUACCGGAAGCGGGUCGGUAGUUCUUCACUGCCAGCGUAACGGCAGACCUGGAGACGGUCUCAACUGGAUUAUCUGCCGACAGACUGAGCCUGCAACCAUCACCCUAAGCUAG